UAUAGGUCUGUGGUUUAUGCAGAAGUGGAAGAAGUCUGGAUCGUUGUUGCAGUUGGCGAUGAAGGACUCGAGUGAUCCGAGACAGACAUAUCUCUAUCGAUUGAGCGAAGAAUCGGGUUUAGAGUAUUUCAAGAAUAUUCUGUUAUGCGGUUCAUCACAGGACCACUACGUGCCCAUACAUUCCGCACACAUCGAGCUCUGCAAUUCCUCACUCAAUGAUACGUCUCCUAAUGUAGUUAAGAGUUGGCAGAGAAUCCAC